UAAUUGAAGUAUCAAUACUAUCUACUUGUUAAAUUUGCUUAAAAAUGGUGAAAAGCUCUCGUUCAAUGUUGUUAUUGGUCUACUUAUCAUUUUUGGUGAUUGUUUCAUCGCCACAAAAUGGUGUCCAAGCGGAUGUUCAAAUCGGCAGCUGUGUAUGGGGCGCUGUUGACUACACUUCGAAUUGUAAUGCUGAGUGUAUAAGACGUGGUUACUCAGGUGGGCAUUGUGGCAGCGCUUUUAAUGUCAAUUGUUGGUGCGAACAACAAUAACAUAUUAAUUUUUCACUGGACACAAGAUGGCGGCCAUAUAAAUUCACUAUAUUGAAAACCACCCGAAUGGGCUGAUUUUGGAAAUAU